GGAAGAUUGUCAAAAUAUUGUCAAAUGUUUUUGGUUAGUUUUUCAAAACUUACAUGAGAAAAACCCAUACGAAUUACAUACUUGACGAACACAGCAUUAGUGUUUAAAUGGUGUUUUUGUCUGUAACAAAUGAUUCAUAAUUAAAAUACAUUAGCAGCAGUCUAUUCCUAAAUGACAUAACCUCUUUCAAUCAUCAACAUUAUCAAUGAAUUCUUCGGCUUCGAUUAGUCUAAGCUCGUAAUUUUUUACAGACAAAAUGUACAAAACGGUCAUAUCUCGGUGUACUUUUAGGUUACCUAUUCGAUUACUCAAGAGGGAAUGUUACUUGAAACCCAGUGGUUCUAAAAGGUUGCCAGUGAAUGUAAGCCAACAAUGGACGAGGCAGUUGUCUAUAUCUGCCGUGUGUUGUAAGAAAAGGCGGUCUGAGGAAGAGAAGGCACUGCCAUCAACUGGAAGACCUGCAAUUAGAUAUUCUCCUAAGGGAGGUUCUGAAGUAGUGGGCAUAUGGAGGAAUAUGACAGUUCAAGAUAUAGCCAAUGUGCUAAAUAAAGAUGUAGACCAUGUUUUCAAAGCACUGGAGUUUGCAGACAAGACGUCAGACACAAUUUACAAAAAGAACACUGUGAUACACAACCCCCAGAUCAUCAGAGAUGUGGUCAAGAUAUCUGGGAUGAGGUUCAAGAUCGUGCCCCGGCCUGACCAGGAGGUAGAAGAAGAAGUGAACAAAGACGCGGUACCAGCGCCGCCGGCGCCGCCCGAGGCUCUUAAACCGCGGCCGCCGGUGGUGUGCGUGAUGGGACAUGUAGACCACGGCAAGACCACGCUGCUAGACUCGCUGCGAGAUACGUCCGUGGUGGACCAGGAGUUUGGUGGCAUCACGCAGCAUAUCGGCGCUUUUGAAGUGAAACUCCCCUCCGGCGACCGCGUGACGUUUCUGGACACGCCCGGGCACGCAGCGUUUACAGCGAUGCGCUCGCGCGGCGCGCACGCGACCGAUAUCGUGGUGCUGGUGGUGGCGGCCGAUGACGGCGUCAUGGAGCAGACGCUCGAGUCUAUUAGGAUGGCGAGGGAGGCGAAAGUUCCAAUAUUGGUGGCGAUCAACAAAAUCGACAAGCCAGGUGUGAACAUUGAGCGGACUAUGCGCGCACUUGCCCAACACGGCAUAGUGUGCGAGGCGCUAGGAGGUGACGUGCAAGCGAUCCCGGUGUCUGCUCUAAAGAAGACCAACUUGGAUACCUUGGUGGAAGCUCUGACCUUGCAGGCUCAGCUUAUGGACUUAAAGGCCGACCCUGGAGGCUAUGUGGAGGGUGUGGUUAUUGAGGCGCUGUUGGAUCCGAAGACUGGAAAACAAGCAACAGUUCUAGUGCAAAGGGGAACGUUACGGCGCGGAAGCGUCAUAGUGGCCGGCACUGGGUGGGCUAAGGUGCGAGUGCUGAACACGGCAGACGGACAGACAGUUCAAGAGGCGCCGCCUUCCACGCCCGUUUCGGUACUGGGCUGGCGGGAGCUACCUUCCGCUGGGGACCAAGUCUUAGAGGUUGAGUCCGAGAAAAGAGCAAACGAAGUAAUGAAGUGGCGCCACAACCAACGCAUGAAGGAGAAGCAAGCAGUGGACUUACAAGCGAUAGAAGCGAAAGAAGCCGCGCACGAAGCGGAAUACCGCGCCAUGUUGGCACGCAAGCGAGCCAUGGGACGCUACAAGAUGCGCCGCGAGGGACCGAGAGAGAAGAUGCUGAGGGAAGACACGCAUCCUACCCUCAGCGUGCUCGUCAAAGGUGACGUGGACGGAUCCGUGGAAGCGAUUCUAGACAUACUGGAAACGUACGACGAACACGACAGAGUGCGGCUUGACUUGGUGCACUUUGGAGUGGGGCCGGUCACGCCUAACGACUUGGAGAUAGCAGAAGCAUUCAAAGCUGUAAUAUACGCGUUCAACGUGGACUGUCCUCCAUCGCUAUCAGUAGACGCGAAAAAGAAGAAUAUACCCGUCAAGAAGCUCAACAUCAUAUACAAACUCGUCGACGACGUCAAAGAAGAGAUCUCUGCGAGGAUACCAGUCACGCAAGAGGAAGAACUUAUAGGGGAAGCGAACGUGCUACAACAGUUUAUGGUGACCGAAGGCAAGAAGAAAGUACCGGUGGCUGGCUGUCGCUGUAUGAAGGGAUCGCUCGCACGAAACGCGCUCUACCGGGUUAUAAGGGGGCAAGAAGUUGUUUUUGAAGGCAAACUGGCAUCGAUGAAGCACCUCAAAGACGAGGUGACGAGCAUCAAGCGCGACCAGGAGUGCGGGCUUCGGUUCUCGGACGCGACAUUCGCUGUGCAGCCCGGCGAUACCAUCGUGUGUUACAAGAUGGUGGACUCACAAUCCACCACCGGCUGGGACCCCGGCUUCUAAUACUAGUAAAUAAAUAUUUGUAGGU